AUGACAGAAAUAGUUUUACCUUCACACGCUGAUACUCGCGGUUUUGUAUUUGGUGGUGUUAUCUUGGAAUGGAUAGAUCUUGCAGCAGGAUACUCUGCAAAAAAACAUGCCGUCUAUCCAUGUGUUACGAGAAGUGUUGAUGCCGUUCAUUUUAUGCAUCCUAUUAAAGUUGGUGAUUUUCUUAUAAUAGAGGCUAGCGUCAAUCAUGCAUGGAAUACUUCGAUGGAGGUUGGCGUUCGCGUCGAAACCGAAAAUCCUAUUACAGGAAAGCGAAAGUAUUGCUGUCAUGCAUAUCUGACUUUUGUUGCUCUCAGUGGCAGUUCAAAGUCUGUGGGUAAACUUCUCGGAAGACAUCGUAAUUUGACCGCAAAGGUUCCUCGUAUUAUUCCAGUAACACCGAUUGAACAGCAACGUUUUGACUAUGCAGAGAUCAGAAGGCAGGCACGUGUAACAAAAUCAAAACAUACAGAUGAUAAAGGUCAACGUGAACAACAUAAGUUAGAAGCGUUAAGGGAACUUUUGCGUAAAUGGUCGGAACAUCAUAAUACGGAAACAAAAAGUACGGCAGAACUACCACCUCUUCUACAAGAACCUGAAUCAUAUAGCGCCGAUUCGAAUGAUCCCGCAAAUGUAUAUCUCAUUCGACGAAGGUCAACACUUAAAGGUCUUCCUAUACAGCCUGAUACAAAAUGUAGUUCUGAAAGUUUUGCAGAAGUUGUUGAAACAGUUUUACCCCAACAUGCAAACACAUUACAGAUUACUUUUGGUGGUCAAAUCAUGAAAUGGAUGGAACAAUGUUGCCUUGUUAGCGCAUCAAGGCAUUCAAGACGAUUCCUUUUAUUGGCAAGUUUGGAAGUAUACGUUUCUGUAGAAGCUGAAAACCUGAUGACAGGAGAAAGAUUUUUUACAAACGAUGGUUUUUAUACUAUGGUUGCUGUUGAUUCUCAAAACGUGCCAACACCAGUUCCACAAACUAUUACAGAUUAUGAACAAGAGUAUGAAGUAUUCAAAGAUGCUGAAUUUAGAAGGACCACAAGGCUUCAACAACGAAGAGAAUUGAUUCAAAAAGAAAUGGCUGCCCAUCCUAAAGAAUUUGAAAAGUAUACACAUGAGAAUGAAAACGAGAGUCCAAUCAAUUCAUGA